AUGAAAAUAAAAACAAUCCAAACCAAACUAGACAAUAAAACAAUUAAAUAUCAAUUUACAAAAGCCGAUGAUAGUAAACUAACUUAUGCGGAAUUUAUUAAUUUUUUAAAAAGCAAAAAUAAAGAUUUUAUUAAAGAGUUUGACCGCCAAUUAAGUCAAGCACCGGCGGAACUUUCUCUCCAACCAACCGCUUUUUUUUGGGAAUGUAUUCCGGUAUCGGCGAACACCUUAGACAGAGAAUUUGAAUUUGUAGCCGUGAAAUCGGAAGACUUAGAUAAUAUUAGGCAAGAUUUAUCCAGUUUCCAAGAACAUUUUAGCCGCAGUCGGGAUAAGCAUGUAGUAAGUUUUCCCAGUUUAAGCGGGGAUACCCUAGUAGUGCCAAUGCCUGUGCGGGGUUAUCAGUAUAAUUUCGGGGAGGAAAUGGAAGAAAAUUUGCUUAAUGCGAAUGGUAAUCCACGGUGGCUGUCAACCAGCGGGCUAGGAGUUUCUUAUUUACACGUCAGAAUUGACAGUCGACCGAAAUAUUAUUCUCAUGAAGAAUACAAAAAAUUUGAAGAAGAUAAUGAGGGACCAAAUAACCAAAAUGGUAAAGAUAAUAAACCGCCGACUAAUGACAAUCAACCAGCAACAAGCCAUUCGGACAAUGAGAUAAACCAACCAAGUUCCCCGGCCGAAAAAAAUCCUUCGUCUUCAAAUGAUACUUCUGGUUCUCAAUCACCAAAAACUGAUGAAAACAAUUCCACUGUUCCAGACCAAGACCGGACAAAUUUUCUGACAAAUUCUCAAUCCACUAACCCAAACAAAACACCAACUAAUUAUUUGCUAUGA